AUGGCUCCGCCCCACAUCCUUCCCCUUCACCCCCUUCCGCCACGCCAGGCACAUCCUGCGCGGUUCCGCAUCGCCCCAGCCACGCACCUCUCCGCGGUAUCCGCGCUCUGCUUGCUGCUCCUCUCCUUGUUAUCUGCCGUCGACCUCGCUCGCGCCGCCCACGCCGACCGCAACCGCUCCUCCGCCGCCUCCGCCGCCUCUGCCACCCUCGCCAUCCCCGCCUCGUCCCUACCGUCCGCCUCGUCUCUACACCCAUUUUUCAACAGCUUAAACGAUCUCAGCGGCGACUCGGGCGACUCGUCGCACCCAGAACAGUCGCUCGCGUCGCGCUCCCCGAUUCGCCUGCUCGUCGCACAGCAGCAACCGAGCGACGCCGCCGCAGGCGUCGCGAAGAGUGCUCCCCUCGACGACCCUUCUCCGUCUCCGCCGCCGCCGCUGCGCGAGGUGGAGCUGGACUCGUGCGCGCUGCAGGCGCUGCUUCCGCAGCUCCUUCCGCCCGCCCUCCUCGACCCCGCCUGCUUCAACCACCUCGCGCUGCCCUCCGCGCAGCCCUCCGUGCUGCCCUCCACGCACGAAACUCCUGCAGAAAAUGGCGGUGGCGGAGGGGACGAGUCAAGUGCGUUGCCGCCUGAGACGGCGACGCGGCGCGACCUGCUGGACGUGGCGCGCAACAAGGCGCGCGCCAGCACCGUGUGGGCGCCGCUGGAGGGGGCGGGGGGUAGCGCGGAGGGCGGGGGAGGCGCGGGGGAAACGGGGGGUGGCGCAGGGGGACUGAGGGGGCCGGGACGAGCUGAGCCGGUAGCGGCGUCGACCCUCAACCCCCCCAAUGAAGUGAUCACCGUGUGCCGCUCCGCUGGUAGGGCUUGCAUGGUGGCUGCCGGUUAUGAGCGGACUGCCAACUACAUUGGCAAGCUACCAGACGAUCACCUCACAACCCUCCUCGACCUGCGCUUCCCACCUUCCACUGUCAUCAAUAUCAACCUCGCGCUUCCACUCCCCAUUCCCCCCUCAUGCGCCCCUCCCUCUCCCACUAGGACUGCCAACUACAUUGGCAAGCUGCCAGACGAUCAGCUCACAACCCUUCUCGACCUGCUCUUCUCACCUGCCACGAGCAUCGGGUUCAACCUCGCGCGUUACCUGCUGGGCGCAAGCUUCAAUGCCAGCAACAGCCCGCAGCUCACCAAACACACCUUCCACCACACCAACCUCCCCGGCUACAAGCCGACACAGGCCGGCCCGUACGACUGGACAGCGGACUGGCGGCAGCGGAAGGUGCUAAAGGGAGCGGUGGAGCGCGGUGUAGAUGAGGUGGAGGCAAUAGCGUAUUCCCCGCCUUGGUGGAUGACCAUCAGUGGGGACACCGCGGGGAAUGUGGGAGGAGCGUCGAACCUCUCACCGGAUCGGUACGACGAGUUUGCAGAGUAUCUAGCGACCAUAGUGGACCAUUUUCAUCGCAAGUGGAAUGUGACGUUCAGCACGAUGAAUCCGGCGAAUGAGCCGCUGGAAGGGUGGUGGUCACAGGGCGGGCGGCACGAGGGGUGCAGUUACACUGCUGCUGAGCUGGAUAGGCUUUGCACGGCUGUGGCGCGUGCACUGCAGGAGAAAAGGCUUCCCACGCGUAUCGCGGGGUUCGACAGCUUUGUCGGGUUCACGAUGCGAAACUCGAAUCUGUUUUCCGGGCGGUUGCUAUCCGAUUUGAAGAGGAUUUCUGUGCAUGGGUAUGUCCCCCCGCCGCCCACCACCACGGAUACAAGGGAGUUUAUGGAGAAGCUGUAUGUUGGGUUAGCGCGGAUGGGCAUGGGUGUGGGGAAGGAAGUGUGGGUGUCGGAGAUUGGACCGAUGUGGGUGGGAGGAGCGGACACCGACGUGGGGUUGUUUCUGAUGCGAUCUGCAAUCCAGGCGAUCAACAUCAUGGGUGCAUCAGCUUGGAUUUACUGGCAGGCGAUCAACCCAUACCUCCCUAAUAACCCCAACUCUGCUAAGUGGGGGCUGUUUACAAUAACGCACGACAAUGUGACCGACCCUACGAUCGUGCCACUGGAGAUAACGUUUUCGAAGAAGUUUUACCUGAUGAAGCAGAUGGCUCGCGCGUCGCCACGGGGGAGCAUGCCGCUGAGAAUCGACACGAGCGACGGCCAGACCGCCACCAAAGCCUCCUUUCUCUUCGUCUGCCUCGCCUCCGCGGUGCUCCUCUCCGUCGCAGCUGCCACUCCCGCAGAAAACGCGACGACCGUCAUAAACGCGACUACGGUCGUAAACGCGGUGACUGGCGUCGUAAACGCGGUGACUGCCGCCGUAAACAAGACUGUCGGCGCAAUCCAUGUCGAACCUGCCGGCGUGAGACUCACGUUGACGAGCGCGAGGCGGAGCAACGGCGGCAUGAGUCAGGGGAAGGAUACCACGUGCUCGUACUACGGCAACUACACCGCCAAUCCCUUCUUCGGCAAGGGUCUUACCGUGAAGCUUCCUCCUGCCGCCUUCCAAAAGCGCUGCGGCGCGUGUUACAAGGUGAGCUGCGUGAACGACACGAAGCGGUGCCGCGACAAGCCCGUGACGGUGCGCGUGGUGGGCGAGGUGAAGACGGAGAAUCAGCUGUCGCUGUCCCGCGUGGCGUGGGGGAAAAUCGUGCAGGCCGACAUCGCUGGGGCUCCCGUCAACGUCACGUACGUGCGCACCAACUGCGCGUCCGCCGAGGGCUCCGCCGUGCGCGUGCGGAGAAACGCGACGGCGGAGAACUUCCGCAUUCAGGUGGUGGGGCUGGCGGGGCCCGGCACGCUGCAGCUCGUCGAGGUGAGCGCGGACGGCGGGAAGAAGUGGACGAAGCUCGCGCGCGACAGCAGCACGGCCGUGUGGGUGCUCGCUGGCGCGGAGGCGAAGGCGGUAACCGGCGCGAAGAAGGCGAUGAGCGUUCGCCUCACCGCGGGGCACACGAAUGAGACUAUUUGGGAUGGGGAGUGGGAUGAUGUUGCUGGGUUUCUAGUCGAGUUUAUUAGGUGCCGCGUUUUCGCCAAGGGCAUGGCGAAGAAGGAGGAGCUCACCGGGCGAUUCUCCAGCUGGGCGUCGCACGCCGUCGCACAGUCGCAGCUGGGCGUCGCACUGCUGCUGCUGCCGCUGCUCGUUUGCGUCGUCCUGUGGGGCUCCUUCCGCGCGCGCGCGCCGAUCGCGGAGGGCUGGGUGGAAACGCGCGCCUCUGAAACGGGUUCCCAAGCGGACCAGUGGAGCGUGAGCGUUGUUGCAAGGGGAGCGGGAAACGGAAAGGAAUCUCUGGAAGCAAGAAACGAGAACGAAUCUGUGAAAGCAGCGGGGGUUGCGGGCGUGAACAGGCGAUGGGGGCCUGGCGGGAGCGAGAUGGGCGCGGGAGAAGCGCGGAAGGGGGCAUUUGAGGCAACUCGAGAGUCGUCGCGACGGGGUGGUGGUGGUAGCACGGACAAGGGCAUGGGGGAGGCGAGAGAGGGGGAGGCGCGAGAGUCGACGGCAAGUUUGAAGGCCGUCGACGGAAAGGCGGAUGGCGUUGACGGAGGGGAAGAGGCCGAGGGCGAGGGCAUAGACGGGAGUGUGGACGGAGGAGGGGUGAAAGAGAGAGGGGAGGGACAAGGAAAGGCAAGAGAGUCUGCUGAGGAGGCAGAGAGAGGAGGGGAAGACGGUGGUUCGAGUGGUGGGGUAGAGGAAAAAGUGGCGAGGGGUGGAGAGGGGGGAGGGGAGGAGGAGAGGAGCAGCAUAGGUGUGGGGAAAGGCGGGGAAUUGGAGGAAGGUUCGGCCGAAGGCUCGGAGGGAGGUUCGGAGGAAGGAGGGCAAGAGGGAGAGGACUUGUUGGUUGGGUGUGAAGAGAUGAUGAAUGAAGGUUUGAGUGACAGUAGCGGGGGCAAGGAGGGGGGAGAGGAAGCGGGAGAGAAGGGGGGAGAGGAAGGGGGAGAGAAGGGGGGAGAUACCGAGAGGGAUGAGAGGGGAGAGGAGGGGGGAGAGGGGGGACGAGAGGACGGGGGAGGGAAGGAGAGGGAUGGGAAUGGAGAGGGGGGGGGAGAAAAAGGGGGAGAGGAGGAGGGAGGGCAAGAGGGAGAGGACCUGUUGGUUGGAUGUGAGGAAAUGAUGAAUGAAGGUUUGAGUGAUAGUAGCGGGGGCGAGGAGGGAGGAGAUGAGAGGCGAGAGGACGGAGGCGGGAAGGAGAGCGGGGAAGGUGAGGUAGAGGAGAAACCAGGUGACUGGAACAUAGGAGAGGCGGGCGGAGGAGAGGGGAAUGCAGGAGGAGCGGACGGGGGGGGAGUGGGGGUGGGUAGCAAUGCAACGGACAAGAGAAGCGGCGGCAGGGAUGAGAGCAACAGCGGCAGUGGUGGCAGUAGUGGUGACAGCAGUGGUGACAGUGCUGGUGGCGUCGAGGUUGACGUUAACGGGGGUGAGAGUGGUGGGGCGCGGAAUGGGGAUGGUGGUGGGGACGCCGGUGGUGAUUCUAAUGGUGGGGGUGGGACGGCUGUUGGUGGGGCGGCUAUGGCAGGUGGUGCGAGGAAGAAGGGAGGAGGGCGCAAGGAGAAGAUUCAACUGGAUGUGCCUCUCACCUGCGACUUAUACCGAGGGUCAUGGGUCCCGGACACCAGCCCGCCUCUCUACACGAACGCCACGUGUCCCAACAUUACUCGCCACCAGAACUGCCAGGGCAACGGGCGGCCGGACAGCCAGUACGAGCGCUGGCAGUGGCGGCCCGAGGGGGCGGGGUGUGCGCUGCCAAGAUUUGAUGCAGAGGAGUUCAUGACAGUUAUGCGCGGUAGAGGGGUGCUGUUUGUGGGGGACAGCGUUGCACGGAACCACUUUGAGUCGCUUGUGUGCCUGCUCAGCCAGGUGGAGAAACCAGAGUUUCACGGCGGUAAGUCCAUGCUUCGCCUCGUCUUCCGCUCCUCUAAAGUCACACUCGCCAGAGCCAACUCCGCGUGGCUUGUAGAGGAAGGCAACGACACCGUACCUGACUGCCCCGACUCCAUUCCGCGCCUGCACCUCGACCGAACCAGCCCCAAGUGGUUCGGUGAGAUCGGCAGGUUCGACGUUGUCAUGUUGAGUACGGCGCAUUGGUUCGUGAAGCCGUCGAUUUACAUGGAGAAGGGGGAGGUGAUUGGUUCGCAAGGGGGGUGGUGGAAACGGAAAGAGCCGGCGAGGGUCGACAACAAGGGCGCGUUCGCACUCGCGAUUCGCACCGUGUUUCAGGAUGUGGUGAAAGAGCUUCGGAAGAAUCCGAACCGAGUGUUCGUCUACCGAACCUUCUCCCCGGACCACUACGAGAAGGGCGAGUGGAACACAGGAGGUUCGUGCGCAGGCCUUACCGAACCUAGAAGCGGCAACUACACCUACAACAACACGUUCGGGCUCAACUUAUACACGAAGCAGCUGCAAGCUUAUAACGAGGUUAUGGAGGCUGCUAAAGAAGCAGGCGCGGGUGUAGACCCGUUAAGAUUCACCCUUAUGGAUGUGAUGCCGAGUGCAGGCAUGAGGGUGGACGGCCACCCAGGGCCAUACAGAGGGUUGAAUGCAGCGGAAGAAUUGGCUAAGUAUAAGGAUUCCAAGUUCCCUCCCCCUCAGGAUUGCCUGCACUGGUGCUUGCCCGGGCCGAUUGACUCGUGGAACGUGUUUCUGCUGCAGAUCGUGAAGCGGGGGUUUGCGUCGAUUCAGGGGCACAGAGGGUAG